UUGACUCCGAGAGCUUCAGCUUCCCGGUUCUUUCUCGUUCUUGCUGCCAGCAUUGCCGUCUCCGUCGCUACCGUAGACAAUGACGACGCCAUGAUGUCGAGCCUCCUCGAGGCCAUAUCUCCUGCCCCAAUCGGCUGGUCUCACUCUGCUCACUAUUGCUCCAAAUGGAAAGGCGUAAAGUGUAGCUCCUCCGGCCGAGUCUCCGCCAUCAACUUAGCCCAUCACAAUCUAACGGGAACUCUCCCUUCCAAUCUCGCUUCUCUCUCUGAACUAAAUUCCUUCAAUCUCAAAGGCAACCGCUUCUCUGGGCCAUUGCCUUCCUUCGCCGACCUUUCUUUGCUCGAAGAAAUCUUCCUUGACUACAACAAUUUCACGUCCGUACCCCCUCGUUGUUUCCAAGGACUCACCAGUUUGAUGGUCUUGACUAUGAAUCAAAACAUCAAUCUCGACCGUUGGGUUUUUCCCAUUGAGCUUACUGAUUCUCCAAGCUUGGUUAAUAUAAGCCUGGUCAAUUGUAACGUAAAGGGUCCCAUACCAGACAUCUUCGGUUUCGGUUCCUUCCCGAAAUUGUAUGGUCUGACGCUUUCUCACAAUAAUCUCAGUGGGGUUUUGCCUCCGAGCUUUGCUGAAUCUGGGAUUCAGUACCUCAUGCUCGACACAAAUAAAUUAAUCGGUACAAUCGGCGUUGUCUCGAAUAUGACCAAGUUGUCCCAAGUCUGGCUUUCCGGCAACAAUUUCACCGGUCCAAUCCCGGACCUGUCUAAACUGGACACCCUUUUCAACAUCAAUCUCCAGGAUAACAAACUCACCGGUGUUGUUCCAAGGUCAUUGAUCUCGAUUCCAAGCUUGCGAAAUGUGUCUUUGGCGAACAAUCUGUUGCAGGGUCCUCUGCCUUCGUUCCCUUACGUCGCCAAACCCAAUCUUGGAGAAAAUAGCUUUUGUAUGGACACUCCAGGACCUUGUAAUUGGCAAGUAGCGGUACUGCUUGAAGUUGCUGGAGACUUGGGAUAUCCUCUUUCGCUGGCUAGUUCUUGGCGAGGGAAUGAUGCGUGCGAAGGCUGGAUUUCUGUUGGUUGCGAUUUGCACAGAAACGUUGUGAAUGUGACUUUUCAGAAACGGGGUUUCACUGGGAGGAUCUCCCCUGCUUUUUCCAAUCUUACACAGUUGCAGAAUUUGUGGUUGAAUGACAAUAACUUGACCGGUCCCAUACCGGAGAGCUUAACACACUUGCAUAGUCUUCAGCUUCUUAAUGUUUCUCAUAACAAUCUCAGUGGAACAAUUCCUACGUUUCAAUUGACAGUGAAUUUAAUUACUACUGGUAAUCCACUAUUGAAGAAUCAUACUUCUUCUAGCUUGGAACAUAAUGGGACUUCAACGAAUGGUACUACUCCGGUUUCCCCUGGAGGAGAGAGCAACAACGAUCCGGUCAAAGCAGCAACAGGAAAAGGAAGAGAGUUCAAGGUUAUUGUUGCAAUAGCUGCAAUUGGGCUAAUCAUGAUAAUGAUGCUCUUCUGCCAGAGGAAGUUUCCAAUAAAAAAAUUAAAUUUCUUUUGGAAGAAGCAGAAUCCUGCUCAUCGAAACAUUGAGACUUUUCUAAGGAACUGUGGGCCACUCCAAGUUAGAAGAUAUAGCUAUUCUGAGGUUAAGAAAAUGACCAACUCCUUCAAAGAAAAAUUAGGCCAAGGAGGUUUUGGUAGUGUCUACAAAGGAAAGUUACAUGAUGGCUCUCUUAUUGCUGUGAAGGUGUUAAAUGAAUCAAAGACCACUAAUGGAGAAGAUUUCAUCAAUGAGGUGGCAACCAUUAGCAGAACUUCUCAUGUCAACAUUGUCUCUUUAUUGGGUUUUUGUUUUGAGGGUGCAAAAAAAGCUCUCAUUUAUGAGUUCCUGGUUAAUGGAUCCCUUGAGAAGUUUGUUUUUGAAGAAGAUGCAACUGAAAAUAAUCAUAAGUUGGAUUGGGAAACACACUACCAAAUUUCACUUGGCAUUGCUAGGGGAUUAGAGUACUUGCAUCGCGGUUGCAACACAAGGAUCUUGCAUUUCGAUAUCAAGCCUCACAAUAUUCUUCUUGAUGCAGAAUUUGUGCCCAAAAUCUCAGAUUUUGGCCUUGCUAAGAUUUGCAGCAGACAAGAAAGUCUAAGCUCUAUGUUGGGUCCAAGAGGGACUAUUGGAUACAUUGCUCCUGAAAUCUUUAGUAGAAACUUUGGAGUAAUUUCGUACAAGUCUGAUGUCUAUAGUUAUGGGAUGAUGGUCUUAGAAAUAGUUGGUGGAAGACAAAAUGUCAAUGUCCAAGCUAAUAAUACUAGUGAAAUAUAUUUUCCACAUUGGGUUUAUAGACGACUUGAAUUGGACGAAGAAGUUAGCCUGAAGAGAAUUAGUGAUGAAGAAGAUAAAACAAAAGUGAAGAAGAUGAUAAUUGUGAGCUUGUGGUGUGUACAGGCUGACCCUGCAAACAGACCAACCAUGAGCAAAGUGAUAGAAAUGUUGGAAGGGAGUGUUGAUUCCUUGCAAGUACCACCCAGUCCUUUCUUGUCUUCUUGUUCAACUUCACUUCCUGCAGAAUUUUCUAGCAGUAUAGUUUUUAGUCCCAAAUAAGAAAGUAAACUGGUCUUGACUUUACCGAGUGCACUUUAUUGUUAUUUCUACUAUUAUGAGUCACAUAUACAGUAUUUAUGUAAUAACUACACGAAAUUGUGACAAUAUUUUUCUCAUCAGCUUAUGUAUCAAAAUGAAUAAAAAAAGUUAUUAGGC